CAUGCCAGUUGAGAUCACCAGUGUUUCCAGCUUUACCACAUGAAAAUCUGCCAUGUCUAAGAUGGCUGGGACAAAACGACCGAGCGAUAUCGGCGACGGUCAGUCUUCAAAGAAGGCCAAAUUCGCUAAUGGUUCCGGCAAGGCCCCAUCACUUGGUACACAGGACGACUUUGUUCCCUUUGACAAAAGCAAAGGGCACAAGUAUCCCAAACAAAAUUAUGGGGGAAACAAGGAGGGCCAUGGGCCCCCGAAUAAGAAAUUUUCAGCGCCUUCUGAGCCCUAUCUAGGUGGCGCAGGAGGAACCACCUCUCGCGAAUCUCACGUCAAGCAGAAAGCCCUCGCACAAGAACGAAAGGCGGCCAAACCAAACGCCGACUUGAUUCUCCGAUCGAAGAAAAUCUGGGAACGACUACGCCGAAAGUCCCAUGUCCCCAAAGAAGAGCGUGAGACCCUAGUCAAGGAACUCUUUGAGAUAAUAUCUGGACGAGUCAAGGACUUUGUGUUCAAGCAUGACUCGGUACGAGUGAUUCAGUGUGCGCUGAAAUACGCCACACCUGAACAGCGAAAACAGAUCGCCGGGGAAUUGAGGGGCAGCUAUCGAGAGUUGGCGGAAUCCAAGUAUGCCAAAUUUCUGAUUGCCAAGAUGGUUGUCAACGACGACGAGGUGAAGAAUGCCGUUGUGGAAGAGUUCUACGGACAUGUCAAACGCCUCAUUCGCCAUCCAGAGGCUAGCUGGAUCGUGGAUGAUAUCUAUCGAAGCAUUGCUACCAAGUCGCAGAAGGCCGUGCUACUUCGAGAAUGGUAUGGACCAGAGUUUGUUGUAUUUACCGACAACCGAAAGAGCAAAUCGGACGGAGAGGUGACGGGCGACCUGUCCGAUAUCCUAGCACAAAACCCCGAGAAGCGUGGUCCGAUCAUGCAGCAUCUCAAAGAAAUGACGAACCAGCUGGUCCAGAAAAAGACCACCGGUUUCACCAUCCUCCAUGACGCCCUUCUGCAGUACUUUUUGAAUUGCAAGCCUGCAAGCCCUGAGAUCACCGAGUUUCUCGAGAUGCUGCGGGAUGAUGAAGAGGGAGAUUGCUACAAAAACCUGGCAUUUACCAAAUCUGGAUCUCGCCUGGUUUGCCUUGCUCUGGCACAUGAAAGUUCUAAAGGCCGACGAACAAUCCUGCGGUUCUUUAAGACCCACAUUCGACUGCUGGCGGAAGACCUUUACGGCCACACCGUGCUGAUGACCGCGUACGAUGUCAUCGAUGACACGGUCAUGACUGGCAAAGCUAUCUUUGCGGAGCUUCUUUCUCGGGACCUCGGCGAAGCAGCAGAUGAAGCUCUCGUGGCAUUGACGGAACAUUUGACGGGCCGUGUUUCUCUCCUUUAUCUCAUGAGCGCAGACCCACCGAAAUGGUUGUUCGUCAAUGACGACGUUAUCCGCCUACGUGAAGACGUUCACAAGAUUCGUGCAGAGACAUCCAAGAAGGACGCUGAGACUCGACGAAAAGAACUUGUCAAACAGAUUUCGCAACCGCUGCUCGAUCUUAUUGCAAGUCAUGCGAAGUUUCUAGCAUCAUCAAACUUGGGUUGUCAAUUCAUUACCGAGACAUUGUUUGGAGCUAUCGGUGAUAAGCAGGCAGCUCUCGAAGCGGUCGCUCAGCUCAGCAAUACAACCGACGACGCAGAGUCCAAGAUUGUCAAGGAAGGUGCAGAAGCUGGAAAGCCUCUUCUUUCAAGCCCUGCGGUUGGGCGUAUGCUGAAAGCACUGGUUCAAGGGGGCCGAUUCGACAAGAGCACAAAAACGAUCGUCAAAUAUGACCCACCUGUAGAUUUCCACAACAUUCUGUACGAUGCAAUCGUAUCUCAAGGAGAGGACGAACUGGUCAACUGGGCCAAUGGAGCGAACUCGUUUGUUGUGGUGGCCCUGUUGGAGACGGAAGGAUUUGCAAGAAAGCAAGAAGUGGUGGAUCGAUUGAGAAAAGACAAGAGCAAGUUGGACAGCGAGAAGGUGGGCUCGAAGAUUAUUCUCGAGAAGAUCUCCUAGAUUAAAACUCUCUGGGAGGCGGAUAGAGAAGAGGAAAAGGUCAACGGUCUAAAGGGAUCAUGAGAGCAAUUUCAUUUUGCAUAAGUACCUUCCUUCGAUAUCAAGGUAUAAAUGUUUUGUAUAUGUCCCAUGGACAUCCAACCAGGCUGAGGGACCGAGGGUGCCUGGCAGUGGACGCAGGUCUUUUCACGACAUACAAUG